AUGUUCAGCUGGGUGGUGAAAGUGGUUCCCCAGUCUACUGAGCCGCCUGGGAAACUAGGAGAUGAGGAGAAGACCAAUGCCCCACCUGCACCAGUAAACCAAGUAACAUUCAAAGAAGAGAAGAAACAAGAAGUGAUCCUGACCACCUCCUACCUGUUGUAUUCUCUCCACAUCAAUGAGUGUCUGUUCUAUUGGGGUUCUGACUACGAGGGGCUGGGGUCCACUAAGUGGGUCUACGACGGCAGAGGGAACAGUUAUAUCCGGUGUUACUACUUUGCUGUAAAGACCCUGAUCACAAUCGGUGGUCCCCCGGACCCCACCACCGUGUUCGAGAUCACGUUCCAGCUCGUCAACUACUUUGUUGGCGUCUUUGCUUUCUCCAUCAUGAUUGGUCAGGUAGCGUUUCUUGAUGGCUCAGAUAGUACGUUCUUGUUUCAGAACUACUACCAGGCUUGCAUGGACAACGCCAUCAAGUACAUGUCCUCCUACCACAUCCCCAAAGAGGUCCAGAACCGAGUGAAGACCUGGUACGACUACACCUGGAAGAUACAGGGCAUGCUGGAUGAGCAAGAGCUGUUGAUCCAGCUGCCAGAUAAGAUGAGGAUGGACAUGGCUGGGGAUGUUAACUACUACAUUGUCAGUAAAGUGGCCCUGUUCCAGGGCUGUGAAAUACAGAUGAUAUUUGACAUGUUGAUGAGGCUCAAGUCUGUGGUUUACCUGCCUGGGGACUUUGUCUGUAAAAAGGGUGAGAUCGGCAGGGAGAUGUAUAUCAUCAAGCAGGGGGAGGUUCAGGUGGUGGGAGGACCUGAUUUGAAAACUGUGUUUGUAACAAUCAGAGCCGGCUCUGUGUUUGGAGAAAUCAGCUUGCUGGCAGGGGGCGGGGGGAACAGACGCACGGCCAACGUGACGGCUCACCGAUUCGCUAGCCUCUUCAUCCUGGAUAAGAGGGACCUCUCAGACAUCCUGGUGCACUACCCCGAGUCCCAGAAACUCCUCCGCAAGAAGGCAAAGAAAAUGCUGACUAAGGAUAAAGAGCCAGAGGAAAAAGGAGAGGAGAAGAAGACUGCCGAGGUGAUCCCAGACAGGCCAGAGACCCCCAAGCUGUUCAAAGCAGCCAUGGUGGUUACAGAGCAGGCAGGCAUUAAGGGCACCUUUGCCAAGCUGAAAGAGGGCUUCAAACCUACUGAGACUGAGUCCUCUGGACUCCCCAUACCUCCUCCCUCCCCGAUGGUGCACCGUCGCUCCCCCAUCCCCCCUACACAUCCCCGCGUCGAGGAUGACGAAGAUGCGGUUCCCGAGGCGACCGACAGCAUGAUGCUCAUCCGCAUGACUAGCCGUCACAAAAGCGAGGAGCUCCUGUCCGUCGAGCAGAAGCCUGGAGAUGAAGAGGAGGAGAAGGAUCUGUUCCUCAAGGUCAGUAAAAGCGAGGGAACUGAUGUGGAGAGUCGGGGCUCAGCAGCAGGGAGGAAGAGGAGUUUAGAGAUGAUAGGGGGGAUAGAAAUGGAGCGAGGGAACAUGGAGAGGAAGCAGAGGGAAAGCACAGCCGAGAGGUAG